UAUCUAUGUACAUGUCAUAAAUAAUAACAAAUCGUGAGGUAUAAAUUUUAUUAUUGAAUGAAUAUUGAUAGUUUUGUGUACUACGAUGGAGAUUGACUUAGAGAUAUCGGACGAGGAUUACGUUAUUGAAAAAGCAAAAUCUUCAUUUAAAAACAAUCCUAUUGCUGCUAAAGCAUGGAUGAUUACAGCAAAAAUAAUGUACCCCAACAAUUUCGGAGUGCAGUUCGAAGCCUAUCAUAUAGAGAAAAAUGCUGGACAUGUUAAAGAGGCUGCGAAAUGUUUCAGCGAGUUGACUAUUAAAUUUCAGCAACACCAAGAACUUUGGAAGGAAAUAGAAAAACUUACAAUCGCUUUGAGAGCUGAAGCUGAUAACAACGAUCCUGAAAAGCAAUUUUUAUGUGAAAUGUUUAGGCAUUUAUCAUCAGAUGUUCAACACAAGUUGUUGCUCUUCACUGCAGAUCAUUGUGAAGAUACUAUGGAACACUGUAGACUGCUUUUGCUACUUUUGCAACGAUUUCCAACAGCUAUAUCUAGCAAUGCUCCGCGACUUGUGGAUACUUUAAUUAGUGCUGAAAAACAUAGUGUUGAUGGCAACUUUCCAGUUAAUCCAUACAGAAAACUUUUGGUUUGUGAUUUGUUACCACUUUUGGCAAAUGAAAAAGUUAAAGUUGAUUUACCUUCAAAACUUCUGCACAAAUUGCUACAUAAGAGUAUUGAGUUUUAUUUUUGCUAUUUAGGAUUAAAUAAAGGUGCUCUGCAAGACAGUGAUACAAAAAUAGAAGAUCCAUGGGCUAGCCUGUUUAGUGUAAUAGAGUUCAUUGGAACACAAUUGAGUUGGGAACCAUACCUAAUUAGUUUCUCAAAUAAUUGGUCUAAAGAAACUUACUGGCAGAGAAUAGUAACCUUUUGUCAAACUAAAUCCAAGAAUUAUCCUUUAAAUGAAAAGCAACUGUGGUUUUGCUUGUCAAUAUUCUUUGUACACUGCUUAUUUGAUUACAAUAAUAGUUUAACUCCUGAAUCAAGUCCUGGACAAACAGCUACUUCGUAUAUAAUGGUUGAAGCAUUUUCAGAUGUUAGUUUACCAAACUUAGUGACAGAACCAAAAGGGAAGAAGCGUAAAAAUGAUGCAGAUAUGUCACAUUUUUCAUCUCCAUGCAUAACAGUUGAAAAACCACAGUUGAAGUGUAUCCAGAACAAUUUUAUGUUAUGCCUAAACAGUUGGGACCUUAUUAACUCAUCUGAAAACUUAAGGAGGGAAUUUAUUAAACUAAACUCACAUUUGAAAUUAGAUCAAUUAUUAUCAGGGUUUCUCAUUGAUUAUACUUUGUAUAAAGGUCUGUAUGAUGAUGCCUUAGUAUUUAUACACAAAAUUUCAGAUUCCUCCAUGUUUUUACAGAAAUAUAUAAGGAUAGCUAGUAUAUUGUAUAAUAAAAAGAACUAUAGAGACUUUUUAGACCCUAUAACUUUAGCACUGCCUUUAUUACCUACUAAUGAAGGAUCUUUAAGUAAUAAUCUUAUCAUAGGAGGUCACCAAAAACAUUUACAUUAUCUUCCUCUUACAAGACUGAAUGUUUUACAAUAUUUAGUCAAACUAUUGUUAAGAUGUAUUAAGGAAAACAUGCCUAAACACAGCAGCACUGAUCUAGGUAUGGGGCAUAUCUUUGUUCUGACUCAGCUAGAUUGGCCUCAAGAAGAAGACUUUGUUCCACCUCUCCUAGAAUACAUCCAACAACGAAGAACAUUCCAGUACCAUUUGUUCCAAAGUUAUAUAGUAAAUGUGGAUAUUCUAGAAGAGUUAACAUAUCUAUGGACCACCCAAGGAGGGCAGAUUCAGUUGGAUAUACUUCCACAUUUAGGGCAAAGGCGAAUUGGUACAAGAGGUGCUGAUAAGGGAGUUAAAGAGGAGAUAAAACAGGCUAUUAGACGACAAAUUUCAAGAAGCAAUGAAAAACUAGAUGAACUGUUAAUAAGUUUUAUAAUGAAUGAAAGAAAGCAGAUUUUACAGAGUCUUAUGUAGGUAAUUUUUUUCUAUAAUAAAUAAUUAAAAUAAG